GAUCUUUGGAAGUUAGAGGCCAUUACUACAACCACCAAACAGGCCAGCAGUUGGUAGGUACGUAAAACUGUGACGGUACAAAAAAAAACGUGUUCCGCCAACACUGCUAUCGCUCUUGCAUGUGUGACGCGUCGUAAUCGCGGGUUGGUAACCCGUUUUAUUUUUUCGUGUUUCUCUCUUUAAUUUUCGCGAAACGACGUACGACUCCCCCUUGUGCUGGUUGAUCAAGCGUCCGGGGCGCGUCAGUUGAUUUGUGUGCUCGUACGUGGCCGGUUGGUUAGCUUCCUAGCUCCUCCUAGCUUCUAGCGCCGUGUUACUUCUCUUAGAUUACCAGUGUGUCGUCCCUUUUACCGCCCAGAGAUGCUGCAAAACGUUCUUCGCCAGGUGGUCCGAUCGGUGGGCUCGAUCGGUACGCGCACGUUCGCUAGCUCGUCGUUCGGUACGGCCAGCGGUGCGACAUCGCCCCUUACCUAUCUGAGCGAGGAUGAGCUGGUGAUGAAGGAAACGGUGGCCAAGAUGGCACAGGAACAGAUUGCACCGCUGGUGAAGAAGAUGGACGAGGAACACCAGUUCGAUCCGUCCGUUGUGCGCGCCCUGUUCGACAACGGGUUGAUGGGUAUCGAGGUGAGCGACGAGUAUGGUGGCAGUGCGUGCAACUUCAUGACGACCAUGCUGGUGGUGGAGGAACUGUCCAAGGUGUGCCCGGCCACGGCUGCCUUCGUUGACAUCCACAACACGCUCGUUAACUCGCUCAUGAUCAAGCUCGGUACGGCGGAACAGAAGAGCAAGUACCUGCCGAAGCUGAGCCAAGAAUUCAGUGGCAGCUUUGCGCUGUCGGAACCGUCCGCCGGAUCCGAUGCGUUCUCGCUGAAAACCACCGCCAAGAAGGACGGCAAUCACUACAUACUGAACGGUACGAAAAUGUGGAUCUCCAACUCGGAUCUGUCCGGUGUGUUCUUGAUCAUGGCAAACGCUAACCCAUCGGCUGGAUAUCGUGGCAUUACGACCUUCAUCGUGGAACGCGAUUACGAAGGCUUCACCGUAGGCAAGCGGGAAAGCAAGCUCGGUAUCUGCGCGUCCGGAACGUGCACGCUCCAUCUGGACAAUGUGCGCGUCCCGGAGGAGAACAUUCUUGGCGAGUUCGGCAAGGGUUACCAGUAUGCGGCCGGAUUCCUGAACGAAGGUCGCAUCGGUAUUGGGGCGCAGAUGAUUGGACUGGCACAGGGUUGCCUGGAUGCAACCAUCCCGUACCUGCUUGAGCGCAAACAGUUCGGUUCCGAUCUGUACUCGUUCCAGAGCAUGCAGCAUCAGAUCGCUACGAUCGCAACGGAAAUUGAAGCCGCCCGUCUGCUGACGUACAAUGCGGCCCGACUGCAGGAAGCUGGUGCGCCCUUCCUUAAGCAAGCAGCCAUGGCGAAGUUCUAUGCGUCGGAAGUGGCCCAACGUACCACGGUGAAGUGUAUCGACUGGAUGGGUGGUGUUGGCUUUACGAAGGAUUUCCCGCAGGAGAAGUACUAUCGCGAUUGUAAGAUCGGUGCCAUCUACGAGGGUACCACCAACAUGCAGCUCAGCACGAUCGCCAAGGUCAUGAAGAAGGAGUAUCAGUCGUAAAAAUCAUCGUUCCACAUCGAGAGUGCUCUGCGAAAAAUGAUGAUGAUGAUGGGGCUGUAUUACGCAACCGUGGUGGAUGGUGAUUGCGAGCGGAGGUAGUCUCUCACGUAGACGAGAACAUUCCGAUUCCAGAAGAAGCAAAAAAAAAGAAUCAUUCCACACACACACACACACACACCGGCGGUUAGCGCAGAGCAACAUCUAUACAGAUAGAAUACGAAAAAACAAUUUGUAGGCCGCCGAUAUCAAAUUUUGUCUUCCGCUUGCGAUAGUCGCAAAGGCCCACACAUACAUCUGGAAGUCGGCGCUUAGCGAGUUUGGUGAGUGUGCGUGUGUAUAUGAGUUAUGAUAAUGCGCAUAACGUAACAUAAGCAAAAAACAUGCAUCACCAGACCAUGAUUCUUCAGACCGGUGUAGGCCAUAGCGAAACACGCAUAAUAACAAAAAUUCGCGAAAGUUGUGAAAAAAAACGGAUGCAUUUAUUAAGGUUAAAAUUUACUAUUACGAGCAUAUGCGCACACGUGGCGCGACUACGUGGACGGGACGAGUUAAUUGGGGGGGGACCACAAGAUUUUAGGCUAGGAUGUGAACGAAACAAUAAUUAAAACAAACAACAUUCCAAGAGUGUUUCAACACCGCUGCAAUUCUCUGCACAAUACAGCAUUAAAAAUGGAAGUAGAAAUAGGGAACAAAAAGGGGGUCUCGCGCCUUGCUGGAGGUUUAUUUUAACAUUAUUUAGGUACCGCGAUUUAGUGGUAGGCUGUUAAUGGUCUUUACUUUCAGUACGAAAAUAAAGCUGUCGAACUAUGGAACUUUA